ACUCGCGUCGUAGAGCCAGUUAAAACCGGUCACAAGUUCACGAUGGACAAGGAGCGAAGUUUUAAGUUCAAGCUGUUGGUGCCUCCCAGGAUAAGCCACAGCCAGACUCACUCUGUCAGACCUCAAGGCAUAGUGCAGGGGCAUGGUAAUCCCAUCAGCAUGGUGAACCUCGUAAGCCCUUCAGUAAACCAGAGUGCACCCCAGAAUAAUCCCAGCACUGGUGAGCUCUAUACCAAACUCUUUGAUGAAGUGGAGAAAAUAAAGUCCUGGAAGGUCAAAGUUGACACUGACACCGUGGAGAAAGAGAGGAAACUCCAGGAUAACAAAAGAACAAUUGAAAACCAACGGAAAGCCAUUCAGGAUUUGCAGUUUGUCAAUGAAAAUCUAAGCACAAAGCUAGAUGAACAGAUCUCUGAAAAUGAGGAUCUAAGAAACAUAAACAAUGCCACAAGAAACUUGUGUAAUAUACUCAGAGAAACGUGUCAGAGAUCUUCUGAGAGAACGCAUUUAUUUGAAACUGAAAGGGAAGAAACGCAUCAACUUUUCCUGGAAAAUAGUGAGAAUAUUAAGGGACUCCUCUCAGCAUUUGAAACCCUUUGCGUUCGAGUAAAAGGUGACCAACAAGAGAUGCAGAAAGUGAAAGAAGACUUGUUGCAGUUUGAAGAUCUGAAAGAUAAAUAUCAUGAGGAACUUUCAAUGAAAGAUAAAAUGGUAAAAAUGCAUCAGAAACAGCUUGAGGAUAAGGAGAAUGAGCUUCUGAAGGCAUUGUCGAACCUUAAUGAAUCUCAGAAGUGCUGUGAAAAACUGCAAGACUCCAAAAGGCAAACAUCUGAACUUCUAAAAAGCUUGAAAACGGAAAAAGAAUCCCUUCUUCACAAUCUGGACAGUGCUGAGCAACGCUGUGAAGACCUUAAGCAAAAAGAGGAAAAAGCAGCUGCAGCCCUGGUUGAAAGUAAAAAGGAGUAUGAAGAGAUUAUCAGAAACAAAGACCUCAACAUACAAGACCUCACAAGGGGAAAGAUUCAACAGGCAGAAAAAAUUGAGAAGAUGGAAACAACAAUCAAAGAAUUAAAGGACUCCCUUGGUCUAGAACUGCAAAGGGUCAAAGAUCUGGAGCAUAAAUUGAUGAUGGAGAGCAGUGAGCUUGAAAGAAAUCUCAAACUUUUAGGUGAGACAAUGGAUGAAUCUGCUAAGAAGGAAGAUAUGAUUAAGAUGCUUAAGGAAGAACUGGAUAUGAAAUCAAAAUCCACUGGGUUGUUGGAGAACAAGAUUGAUGCUUUGGAAGCCAGAGUGUAUGGACUUGGUUCUGAGCUGUUAAGGAAAACAGAAGAAAGUCAGAGAUUGAUGAAUGAAAAAGAGAUGGUGUUAGCAGAAAAUUGUCUCCUCAAGGACGCUUAUGAAAAUGUUGAGAGGGCGAAAGAAGAUUUACAAAGGAAGGCUGCUUUAGCUGAGGUAAGUGAGGAGAAGAUUGUAAAACUCGAAAAGGAGGUACAAAAACUGGAAGAAAGAAAUCAGCAUUUGAGAGAUGAGAUGAGUACGAUCACAUCCAGAAUCCAGGAAACAUUUCAAGAAAUUGAAAAUAUCCAAAAGGAAACUGAAGGAGUUUGCAAUAACCUGCAAGAACAAAUUGCGAAAAAGGAGAAACAAAUAAAAGCUGUGGAAGCAAAGCUUCUCAACCUGAGGAAGACAUUUGAAAUGAAACUUAAACUGCAGGAGGAGUUCAGAAAUGAAAAUAAAAUGCUUAAGAAGCAAAUCAUAAAAGAAACUGCUAAAUCCAGUCAUCUCGAAAUGAUGAUUAAAAAGCUUCAAAGUGAGACAGAGGAGCUCGAGACACAGAUACAGAAAGACUAUCAAAAAAAAAUUGAAGAUCUUGAAUCAAAAUCAAUCCUAACAGCAGAGCUUGAAAAUGAGGUUCAAAAGCUGAAAUUAACAUCAGCAGAGGCCGUUAAGAACAGAGAAGAGGCAGAGCUCAGGUGCCAGCAUAGGAUUUCAGAAAUGGUCGCAUUGAUGGAAAAACACAAGAGACAGUAUGAGCACAUGGUUGAAGAGAAGGACACAGAGCUGGGUAAAAGCAAGAUGAAAGAGACCGAAGCAGUCGCUCUUGCAAAAUCACUGGAGUUGGACCUGUCGAAACAAAGGACGGAAAAUGAGCAGCUAAAGGAACAGUUGAAGACAAAAGGAUCGGAGAUGGAAAAUCUACAAAAAGAGAUGACUGAAAUGAAUAAAGCAAAACGUACUGCAAAUGACAUGCUGUUUUCACAACUACAGAACAAGCAGUCAAAUGCUUCAGACUCUAAACAAGAGCUAGGUCAUAAUACUCCAAAGAAAGGCUCUUUAGAGACGUACGAUUUCUCCAAGACCAAGAAAACAUCAAACAGGAGUCCUGCAGUUCCCAGAAAAGCUGUGUCAGCCAAUAAAAUAACCAAGACAACAUGUGAAACACCAGCAAGGAGAAAGCUUGUUUACAACAAACAUACUAUAUCCUCGGUGACAAAAUCGUACAGAGUAAAAACACCCCCCCUAAAUGAAAAAGCAGGAUGGUGGGGAACCAGCAUCUUUGAAAAGGACUCCAAGUCUGACAGCUCAGAUCAUAUAGAUAUGGUUACCUGUGCAGAUGACCCAGCACCGACUGAUUUUGCUCUUCAGCGCAAAAUUAACAUGUACAAAAAGAUUCAGAGCCCCAUCGAUGUUAAAACACCUGUAAAUUCCAUAAAGCUGGCUGCAAUGAAAAGAAUUAGAGAUGCUGGUUGGACUGCUGUCACUGGCUCUGACAAGAAAAAGAAGACGACCAAUGAGAAAAUAUUUGCCUAAGUAUUGUCUGUACAGGUCAGGUAAGCAGAUAGUUAUAGGCUGGUGGUGUUUUGGAUCUAGCUCUAAUAGAAUAAUUCUCAUAUCUACAUGAAAAGAUUUUAUGAGCUUUCGUAGUUUUAGUGUUAUUCAGUUAUACUUCAUUUGGAAUAGUUAAUAUUGUUCAUUUACUUUAGCAGUUGACCCAUUUGACUACAAGGUCAAGUUCUCUGUUAUAAAUUCUGUAAAAAUGCUUUAGCUGUUUUGCUAAAAGUUUUAAUUUGUAUCGCUUGUUGUUAGCUUUGGUUGACUUUGUAGUUAGUUUGCUGUGUUAAUGUGGUAACGUUCUAAUUGAAGCCAUACUAAACAGAAAAAAAUUAUACCUUCUUUGAGGAUUGUUAGUCCUAAUAUUUGUUCUUAUACCAAGAAUUGUAUAAUUUAUUUCAGGAAAAAACACUGUAGAAGUUGAUCAGAUGUGAAGACAAAGUCACCCUCUUUGCUUUAAUUUCUUUCAGAAAAGAUGUAUUGCUGUUUGAAGAA